AUGAUGCAACCUUCACAAUUGAUUCAAGGUGAAUCAUUAUGUCAUCAUUUCAUUGUUCCAAUUGAAGAAGAUUCAUUAGGGCAAACUCAAAAUAAUUCUACAAAAACAUCACUAAUUAGAUUUCAGAGCAAAAGUCUUGACGAUCUACGACUGCGACGAGAAUGUCAACAUAAACAAGCCGAUGGUAAUCAUGUUACAAAUACCACACGAACAGAAAUCGACUUAUCUACCAUUGGAUGUAAUUAUAAUAAUAAUAAUAUAGAAGUUAAUGAAAUACAAUUCUAUGAAGAUAAUGAACGCGAUCUGCGUGGGCAAAAAAGCCAAUCAGCACCAGUAUCACCAACCAAAGUCUACGAUACAGAAUUAGCUACGUUUAUACAAAGUGAACACAAAUUAGUGACUGAUUGUUUUGUUUAUAAUGUUGAUCUAUCCGAUACCAAUGAAACAACCCGGCAACCUCAGGCACGAUCAGCAAUAUUUCUUGAUGAUGAUUGCGUAUCAGAUGAUAUUGCUUACGAACCGCCUGCCAAUAUUAUUCAUCCGUCAUUAAUCAAUAGUUGGUUAACAAUAACUGAAGAAAACGAAGAAGAACUUGAACAAUUGAGACUCGAUGAUGAAGAAGAAAGUCAAAAGAAACAACAUCAUCUAUUGAAAAUAAAUGAUGGAUCAAUACCAACUGUAGCAUUGCAUGAUAACGAUGAUCGAGCUGAUAUUCUAGAGAAUGACGCUGAAUCGUCAAUAAUAACGAUGGAUAAUACCAAUAAUGUAGAAAAAAUUCAAGAUGAUAAUGAACGUCUUUCAACUAUUUAUGAAUCGUUAACUCCACAACCACGAACAGACGACGAAAAUGACGAGGAAGACACAUAUGAUGAUGCAUAUGACAAACUAAUUGUAUAUGAUAUUGCUAAUGUUGAAUCAGUCAAAAAAUCACUACCAGUGAAUCCAAAAGUAGAACGAAAUAUAUCUUCUGCUUCUACUUUUACUGCAUCGCAUCAUUCUCCAAGUGUUGAUCGAACCUGUAUUCGUACCUGUUAUACAGUUGCAUCGUUACAACCAUUACCUACAUCAACUAAUAAUAUUUCUGCUUCAAAUUUAUGUGGAACAACAACAACAAUCACCUCUAAAGUUUUCAAGCCUCCGUUAUCGAAUAAAGAUGAAAAAUCAUCGUCAUCGCCAAUAAUUAAUACUCAAAAUAAUUCUAUAAACAAAUCAUUGGCUUCUCUUCCAAUUAAAUAUGAAUCACCAUCGAAAUGUUCUCCCAUGUCUCUCUCAGUUCCAAUGUUACUUUUACCAAUGACCACCGAAACAAAUGCACGCAUGAUAGACAAUAAUCAAUUAAUAUCUUUCGAACAUGUGAAAAAAAUGAAAGUAAUUCAAUCUUCUUCAACAAGCCUGUCAGAUUUCAUCACACAAGCACCCAAAUCAACGUUAAAGAGUACAAUACAUUAUGAAGAAGUACCUAGUGUCCAUCAUUCACUGACAGAUUGCUCGUCCAUUCAUCGAAUAUCUUGUUGUACAUCGGCUAUUGAAGAUGAUUAUUCAACAAGAAAUAAAUCAUCCGAUGAUAAUCAACAUCGACCAUCAUUUACUCGUCGUAUUCUUACAAAUGGUUUACUAUUAUCUAAUUGCUCCAGUAGUAAUCCAAAUCAUCGACGCGCACAACCGCCUCUUACAUUUAAUCAAUAUCGUCAUUAUAUUAAACCAAGAAGUGAAGAAAAACUAUCUUCUCCUGCUGCUUUUUCUUCAUCAUCAUCAUCGUCGGAAUCAAAUUCGCCAUCAGGUGAAAAAUUCAUGUCCAGAUCAGAUGUUAUUGUUCAACAAAAACAUCAACAAAACCUUUCUCAACAACGUAAAGCAACUAGUCUUAAAACUAUUGCUGAGGCAUCAAAUCAUCAAUCAUCAAAAAUUCUUUAUCCAAUUGAUUUUCAAACAAAUCAUAUUGAUCAAUCUUGGUAUCAAAAACAUUUAUCAUCAUCUCAUCAGAACAAAGUUCCAACAUCAGAUUCGGGUAUUGUCGUUGAUACGAUCGGCACACGAUUAGCAUCAAAUUCAAGUAUUGACGACAAUGAUGGUGAUGGUAUUCCUACUGAUAAUAUUACGACCAGUGGCAAGUUAAAACUAUACAAAAGUAACUAUCGAAAAACGUUGGCAGAUUUGUCUAUAAUCAAAAAGAAUAUUGUCGAUAUUGAAAGUCGUCUUAGUGAAGCGAUGCGAGAGCUUGACAUCGAACGUGCACUGAUAGAAAGUGAACACGACUUGGUGUUUAAACAAAUUCUAAAUGCAAGCGAAGGUGAUCAACACAAAAUUCGAUAUUUAUAUAAUGAUUUACAAUUAUUAAUUGAACGAAUAAUGUCAGAAAAAAAUUCUAUGCGUAAUGAAAUUGAAUAUACUCAACAAACACUUUUUAAACUUGAACAUGAAUUACGUGAGCUCGAAGAACAAUAUCGACCGUCUGAUGAUAAAAUUCUCAAAAAGAAAGAAAUUAUUGCUGAGACACGUAAAAAGCACGAAGAUCUCGAAUUUCAAUUAAUGGAAUUAGAAACACGUUGUGAAGCUGAACUUGAACAAGUCGAAGAACAUUUUCAAAAUGAACAAAUUACUAUUGAAGAAAAUGCAACAAUCCGACAAAAUACUUUACAUGAUCUUGAUCAUCAACAAAAUGUUAUAUUACAUCAAGUGAUCAAAGAAAAAGAAAAACUUGAAAGAGAAAAACAGAAACUUAAAUUAUUAUUUAAACAAAAAAAACUUGAAGCCAAUGAAUUAGAACAAAAAAUCAAUAUAAUAUCAGCCAAACAUGAGAACUUUAAUGGAAAUGGUUAUCAUCAUAAUCAAUCAAUAAAUCAUGUCUGGUUUAAUGGUAAUACAAAUAUUUAUCAUUCAACUCCAUCAAAUAUUUAUAGUUCGAAAAAUUCUUCAAAUCGUAUUUUAUCACCAAAAAUGAAUUUAAAAGAUAAGGAGCAAGAAAAAUUAAAUGAAAUCGAAGAAAUGAUUGCUGUUGCAAAACUUGAAAAAAUGACAGUUCUUGAACAACAAUUACGUGAACGGUAUCAUGAACUUCUGCAUUGCCAUGAUGAACAUGUGAAACGUGUUGAAUUAGAACAAAAACUAGCUAAUGAACUUCAAAAUCGUGAAUAUCUUAUUCAAUCUCAAGUUAAAUUACGUGAGAAAAGUCGUAUGCAGGAACGUCCAUUGACACGUUAUUUACCAAUACGUUCACUUGAUUUUGAUCUUCGUGCGCAUAUAGAAGGUGCUGGCCAUUUAUUGGAUUCUUCGCAUAUUCAUGUAACAUCAACAUCAUGUCGCGGUUUUCUUCUUAAAAUGGGUGGAAUGAAAUUCAAAACAUGGAAUCGUCGUUGGUUUGUAUUUGACCGUAAACGUCGUGCACUAUUCUAUUAUCAAGAUAAAACAGAAACAAAACUACGCGGUUGCAUUUAUUUUCAAUCUAUUGUUGAAGUUUAUGUUGAUCAUUUACAAUCGAUAUCAUUAAGAUCACCUGAACCACGUGAAGCAACAUUUAUAGUUAAAACAAUUGAAAGACCAUAUUAUUUAGUUGCUCCAACAGUUGAAUCAAUGCGUAUGUGGGUUGAUGUCAUUAUUACAGGUGCUGAAGGAAACACAUUUGCCGGAGAAACUUAA